AAAUAAAUCUCCUUCAACUAUACUAUUUAAAUGCAAGUUAUAUAUUAUAUUUUACAUUGUUUCUUUAUAUUCGCUGAUUAAUUACUACUAUCACUACAUUCGUUCUAUUUUUAAAAAUUACUUUUUGAAUUUCCGGGAGCAUUUUCCAACACCUUUAAAACAGUCGCAUUAACCGCUCAUCGAUAGUUACAUUGAUGAGACUAUCGAUAGUUCGCAAGAAGAGUUCCCGACUUAUUUCAGCACUACCCAACACUAAAGGACGCCAAAGAAAGUUUAUGGAAAGGAAGUUAGGAUCGGAUCAAUUAAAGUUAACCAUGUCCAGAGAAGCUGCGCUAAAUAGGAACCACAAACUAAAACUUGUUUCGCUGAGUAUCAACGAUUGUUUGGGCUGCGAGUCAGUGACCAUUAACUUUUCGACCACCGAUAAUGUGCAUAUUAUCAUCUACGAUGUCUUCAAGGAUCUGCCGGUGGAAAUACCGGCUGUAAGUCCCGUGGGACAAGCCAUUCUUCUGCUCUGCUCCCUUACCUAUCCGGAUGGGGAGAGUCUUUCCAAGGUGCCGCUGCUCAGAAUUGGCAAGGGAAGCGUUUCCAUGAAGUUCGAGCUGCACCCCAUGGCAAAUGGAGAUGUCCCGCAGAGAUCCGAGGAUGUGGUAAGCGAUCUGGAUGAGACGCCCAGCACGUCGAAGCAGGCAAUGGAGCGUUUGAAAAGGCGAAAGGAGCGCAAGGCCACGGAGACCGCUUUGAGGAUCCUCCAGUCCAGUGUCCUCAAGGUGGCCGUGAAGCGCCGCUUCGAUUCCUUCUCCUCGCUGGACUCCGUUUCCUAUCAGUUGAAUGGCGGCAGGAUCGAAACCGCCAGCAUCCAGGACUUCCACGCCAAGUUCUUUGUGCGCCCCGAACACUCCACCAAUUAUUUGAGGAAUCUCUACCAAGAGUGCUCCGGCAACUGGCUGAAGGUCAUCCAAAGCGAUGGCGGUGGGGACGCCUACAGCACCUUCAAAGAUCCAGACAGUCCCUUCGAGACCUUCGUCAAGCUAUUCGAUCGCCAGGCGGUGCCACCACAGGAUGUGGUCUGCAAAUUGGUCAAGACAUGUAUACAUGUCAAUGAGGCAGUGCGUCUGGCCGAGCGAAAGUUUAUACUGGAGGUGUUUGACCAGGUGCGCCGCAUAUUCGAGUACAUCACGGUUAACGAGUACACCGUAUGGUUUCUGGUUCCUUGUCUGAACAAUAAGGAUCAACUCCGACCUAUGAACAUUGACGACUUUGAUUUGACCAAAGUAAGGACCACCAUUCGAGCCGCCGGCGAUACUAGCAAUAUUUACUGGGCCUAUACUGAUCACAACAUCCAGGACUUACUAAUGGUGGCUUUUCAGCUGGCCCUUGCCACCAAUGCCAACCAGUCGGUUCUGAUUAUCAGCCAUUUGGAAACGCUCUCCGAUUUUAUAUCCAUGCAAUAUGUGACGGCCAGUUUUAUGAAUGACUUUUACAUCGAAAAACACUCAGAUCCUAAAUGGAUAUGCCACCGCUAUCUACAGCGCAUCGUGGAGAUGGCCAUGUUUUUGGGCACCAUCGUCAUUAUUGAGUAUCCCAGUGCUUUUACACUGUUGCAAAAGGGUCGCCGGUUGAUCAAGUGUUUUCAGCGAAAGAAGAAGGGUACUGUGGGUGAAGUGCGAUGGGAGGUAAUGGAUGGUGUUGUCCAGGAGAACGAGUCUCUCGAAUGCCUCAAGAAGGCCGUCGUCAACAAGCAGGAGACCAUGUAGUUGCCAAAGAAUUUAUUAGCUUCGCCUCGAACCGAAAUCAUUUAUCUGCCGUCUGCGGCUUUCACACGCAAAUAGUUCCCUGCUCAUUUUCUAAUUACGCCACAGCUCACGGGCCAGCUGGAAACCCAUUCUUCAGCUCCAUUUCAAUUAGGGUUUUGCCGGCUGUCAGUCAAGGGUCCUUGCGCCAGUGCCGCGCGCGAAAUGCAGCAACUACAAUGGCUGUCAGACAAGAGGCACGCGUCAUUUGCCGGCGAAAUGCAUUUUGCGCCAGCCAAGACCAUUUUUAGCUAAAAUCACCCGGUGACCCAGUUGCUCGGCUGCGCGCUCGGGGAAGCAUCCUGGUGGAAUGCUGACUGACUGGCCGACGGGCUUGAGUGAUUGGCGGUUGUUGGGGCAAUUCUUUUUGGCGCCGAUGGGUGGUAAUCAUUCUUUCUAAGUUUUCCAUAACCAUUGUUCUUAAAAUGUAAAUUAGUGGGCGAGGCGAAGUUAUCUUUUAACGUAGUGUGACAGUUUUUCAAAUUGAUUAUAUUUGUACUAUUGUGCUUAUUGAUAUUAUUGUAUACAUAUUUUCCAAGUCAAUGUACUUGUUGCUCUAAGUCCUUUUAAUGAAAACGUUUUUAAGUUA